AUGCAAGAUACAGAAUAUUUUGACGACUUAGCAGAAACUUUGACAUCUGACUUUUACAACCACUUGUUCUCAUAUUUCAUGACAUUAGAUAUUUCUAAGUUCAAUCCAAGACAAAUUCCACAUACCGAAGAAAGACAAACAUUGUUAGAAGCAAACAAGAGUGUAUAUGAACUGUUUAUAGAUGAGACUAACUUUGAGUGUUUAGAUGAAAGGUCAUUGUACGAUUCGUAUAAACAAUAUUGUCAAGAAUAUGGUUAUAUGACAGCGUCUAAACGAACAUUCUUGGCAAAUGUCAAAAGUCUUUUAGAUGUUCAGAACGGCGUAUAUACAAAGAAAAAUUUUUCUGAGUAA